GGACCCGUAGAGGUCUAGCAGCGGUAAAGCUAGCUUUACUUCGUUUGGAGCUAAAAUGGCGUUCACGACUCAAGGAACAAAGAAGAAAGUUUGCUAUUAUUAUGAUGGGGAUGUGGGAAACUAUUAUUAUGGACAAGGUCAUCCAAUGAAGCCACAUAGAAUCCGUAUGACUCACAAUCUUCUACUUAACUAUGGACUUUACAGAAAAAUGGAAAUUUAUCGUCCACAUAAAGCCAAUGCAGAUGAAAUGACUAAAUACCACAGUGAUGACUACAUCAAGUUUCUGAGAUCAAUUCGUCCGGACAAUAUGUCAGAGUACAGUAAACAGAUGCAGAGGUUUAAUGUAGGAGAGGAUUGCCCUGUGUUUGAUGGUCUUUUUGAAUUCUGCCAGCUGUCUGCUGGUGGCUCAGUGGCUGGAGCAGUUAAACUGAACAAGCAGCAAACCGAUAUUGCUGUCAACUGGGCUGGAGGAUUACAUCAUGCUAAGAAAUCAGAAGCUUCUGGAUUUUGUUAUGUUAAUGAUAUUGUACUUGCAAUCCUUGAAUUGUUAAAGUAUCAUCAGAGGGUCUUGUAUAUUGACAUUGAUAUUCACCACGGAGAUGGGGUGGAAGAAGCUUUUUACACAACAGACCGUGUCAUGACAGUGUCAUUUCAUAAAUAUGGAGAAUAUUUCCCGGGAACUGGAGACCUCAGGGAUAUUGGUGCAGGCAAAGGCAAGUACUAUGCCGUGAAUUAUCCACUGAGAGAUGGCAUAGAUGAUGAGUCUUAUGAGGCCAUAUUUAAACCAAUUAUGGCAAAAGUGAUGGAAAUGUAUCAACCAAGUGCAGUUGUUCUUCAGUGUGGUGCUGAUUCUUUAUCAGGAGAUCGGCUUGGUUGCUUCAACUUAACUAUUAAAGGCCAUGCUAAAUGUGUAGAAUACAUGAAGAGCUUUAAUCUGCCUUUGCUGAUGCUUGGAGGAGGUGGCUACACUAUUCGAAAUGUAGCACGUUGUUGGACAUUUGAAACUGCAGUAGCCUUGGAUUCUGAUAUUCCUAAUGAAUUGCCAUACAAUGACUAUUUUGAAUAUUUUGGACCAGACUUUAAACUUCACAUCAGUCCAUCAAAUAUGACCAAUCAAAAUACGAAUGAUUACUUGGAAAAGAUAAAGCAGCGUUUGUUUGAGAACUUGCGCAUGCUUCCUCAUGCCCCUGGUGUACAGAUGCAGGGCAUCCCAGAGCAUGCAGUGCAGGAAGACAGUGGAGAUGAGGAAGAGGAUGAUCCAGAUAAACGCAUCUCAAUUCGGGCCAUUGAUAAAAGAAUAGCUUGUGAUGAAGAGUUCUCAGACUCGGAGGAUGAAGGUGAAGGUGGGCGUAGAAACAGUGCCAAUUAUAAAAAAUUAAAACGAGUCAAGACAGAAGAAGAAAAAGAUGGGGAGGAGAAGAAAGAUGUUAAAGAAGAAGAAAAAGCAAAAGACGAAAAAACAGAAACUAAAGGAGCAAAAGAGGAGACGAAAUCUGCAUAAGGAAUCUACCAGACCAGGAUCUCCACUCAGUUGCAUGAUUUAUACAUUUAAUUUGAAGAUCCAUUUUAGAACCAGACUUUACUGUUUAUGUUUUCCAGUGCUGAAUGGACUAUGUAAAUUAUUUCUGAAUAUACAUUUUGAAAUUUGCGUUCUAACUGGACUACAAACAGAUGUUUAGAGUGCAGAUGUGAACCAAUGUAUGUGUUUUUAUAUACCAGUGUUUUUGGAGUUUCCAUUUGGAUUGUCUCCUUUUAUAUUAUAUAUUACAUUUAUUGUUUAAAUUAUCCUUUAUGGACACUUACUAUGGACCUGGGGUGUACAACUUUUAGAAAACUCUUCAAUUAUCUGAUAUAAUAACCCCUUCCCGUUUUAGUCUCUGUUCAGAGCCUCAGAUGUAAUUUAAUUUGUGAUUGUUUCAGAAGGAUGUAUGUUACUUUUGCUUUUACCGACCUUGAAAACUUGUACUUUUUUUCUAAAGCACUCUCUUAAAUAUUGACCUUUCCUCCUACUUCUCAGAGGUUUUCUACAUAAAUCUUGCACCAUAAAAUGACUUUGCAAUGGUGAUUUGCAUUUUGUAUAACUUGUAUAAUAAUAGCACCUAAAGUCUUUCUUUUCCAGGCAAGGCUGCUUUUAUUUUUAAAGCAUUUUAAAAUGGUGAAUGUGAAGAUCUGAGUGGUAUUAUCAAGUAACAGUCAAGAUUUGAUAUGUUUAGUCAAAGGAAAAAUUAUUCUAUACUUUAAACAUAUACUGUACUGUUGUCUGUAUAUACAGUGUGUAUAUAUGUAUAUGGAUAUACACACAUACAGACACACACAUUAAACGUAUAAAUGACAAAAUGUUUUAGUUAAGGUUUCAGCAAUUAGGAAAUGAAAGUGUGCUGUGUAUUUUUUGCUUUAUGUUUGCUCAUUUUUUUGCAACUAAAAUAAAAUUGGAAAACAAGCCACUGCUAUUUUUACUUUAAGACAGUAAGUUUGCAAACUUGUGUAUUGUCUAACCAGAGGCUUGUGGUGCUGUUAAAUUCCCCUGCCCUCUGAGCCACUGCAGAGACUAAACUAACAGCUAUUGUUUGUGGCACAAAACCCUAACGUAGAAGAAUAUCCCGUAUGCUCUUCCGUACUGUAUAUCUGAAUCUUUGCCAGGUGUUGAAGCUGACAUAACAAUAUAUGUCCUCCAGUAGCAACAAUCUGUAUCAAUGUGGUUUUUGUCUGGAAUAGACGUCUUAAUUAUUUUUAAUGCUGUAUUUUUUUUUCCUUUUUUGAAAUGUUUGUAAUAAAAGGGUACAUUUCUACCA